GCGAGGGUUAUUGGGGCGGGGGGGGAGAGGAGAGAACGGACCCCUGUGCCCCCCUCUUUGCACCCGUGGUGCGAUCCGGUGCAAGGGUUGCUCCGCUGGCGGGAUGCGGCGCUCCGGAGUUGCGCGGGGGCGGAUUGGGGCGCUGCUGCUGCUGCUGCUACCGCGCGGCUGUCCCGGGAGGCAGGCGAGCGCCUGCGGGGCAGAGACCGCGGCCAUGGAAGGCGAGGCCGGCCGGAGCAUCCACUCGGGCGGCAUCCCCACGACCCACCAGGUGCCCCUGCGCGUGAUCCUCCGACCCCUCCCGCCCGUGCUGGACGAGAGCAAAGUGGAGAGCUUGAUGCGCACCAUCCAGGAGGAGCCUGACCGGGUGCCCCCCAUUGAUGUCCUCUGGAUCAAAGGCCGUGAAGGGGGUGAUUACUUCUACUCCUUCGGUGGAUGCCACCGUUACGCCGCCUACAAACGAUUGAACAAAGAGACCAUCCCAGCCAAAAUCAUCCGGUCUACCAUCAAUGACUUGCGCACAUACCUGGGCUCCUCCCUGCCUGACCUGCGUUAGAAGGGAUGCUUUUAAGACCCAUAAUGACUGGUUAUUGAAGUGCUGUUUUGGGCCAGAAACCUUGUCUCUUUUUCUAGAACUUCUUCUCUGACCCUUCUGUGAGGGUGAUGACUCACCAGCUGGUUUCUUCUCCACCCUGUCUCUGCUGCCAUGCUGGUUCUUCAUACCCCCUCCCUCAUGGGCUCCUUGGGACAAGAAAGCAAUGGGUCUAGGAAACGGUAGAUGGCAAGCACCCGGACAUAUCUUCUUCGUUUGUCAAGGGGUGGGGGUGGGGGUAAAAGAACUAACAUGGAGAGGGAAAAGGUGUAAGGCUGAACAAAAAAAGGCCAAUCUAUUUCUCUGUCCAGUUGGGUUGUGGACCUGUCAGAGUGUCUCUCCCCAAGAACUUCCGCCUGCUUCGCCUGGUUCUCCCUUGGUCUUGUUGUGGGUGGGCCAGGCUGAGAGAGGCGAGAAAGAGCUUCCACUUAGCAGCCAGGCCUUUUUGGGGGUGGCCCCAGUGCUCUGGAACAGCUUCCCUUUGGAGAUCCAGCAGAGAUUCCUCCCUCCAGAUCUUUAAGAAGUAAUUCACACCC